ACUCCAAGUGCAGCACCGUUUAAAAAUAGCGCGUCAGUGUGACGAGUGAGUGCGGCACCCAUGCAUUUGCCCAUCAACGCCCAGACCCCGUCGAUCAUGGACAUGUACACAAGCUUGCAAGAGACCCUGCAGGAGUACCACGGCGAGCUGGUGCAAACGGGCAGUCCGGCGGUUCUGUGCAGCGUGUUACCCUCGCACUGGAGGUCCAACAAAAGUCUACCCAUCGCGUUUAAAGUAGUGGCUCUGGACGAAGUACGCGACGGUACCACGGUCACGCUCAAGGCGGGAAACGACGAGAAUUACUGCGCGGAAUUGAGAAACUGUACGGCAGUGAUGAAAAAUCAAGUGGCCAAAUUCAACGAUUUGAGGUUCGUGGGCAGGAGCGGCAGAGGAAAGUCCUUCACGUUGACCAUCACCAUCAGCUCGGACCCGUAUUACCAAAUCGCCACGUACAACAAAGCGAUCAAAGUGACGGUGGAUGGGCCACGGGAACCGAGGACCAAGUCGAGUUACCAAUAUGGGUACGGCUUGCCGGGGAUGCCUGGCGGCUUCAACCCCUUCCUGCUCAACCCCGGCUGGCUGGACGCCGCCUACAUGACUUAUACGUGGCCGGACUACUUCAGAAGUAGGGCUAACGUUCCGGCUCAAGCGAAUUUACACGCGUCCUUGAUUAAAGGUGCCACCCAGCUGCCGCCCAACGGCGACUUCUACCUGCCCCCGCAGCCGCAGUUCCACCCGCCGCCCAACUUCCUCCCGCCCAACGGGCUCGUCCCCCAGCUGCCCCUCAACGAGCCGUCCCUCCUGCGGCCGUCCCUGGGUCCCAUGGACCAGCUCAGCCUGCGGAUAUCGCCCGUGUCCAACAGCCAGAGUCCCACGGCCCAGGAGACCAAAAUCCACUCGACCGUCGACCAGUCGACGUCAGAAAACUCGGACGACGAGGACAUCGACGUGGUGAAGUCGGCGUUCGUUCCCAUCAAGCCCGGGACGCUGAUCCUGCAGGAGGUGCAGCACCCGGACUCGACUGUCCAGGAUAAAGAGCUGAAGAAGAGCGAGUUGAAGGCGCCGAGUGCCAAAAGUAUUAAGAGUCUGGUGGAGGAGAAGAGUACGAAGAUUCACGGGCAGGAUAUCACGGCGGCGAAGAGUGUGUGGAGGCCGUAUUAGGGUGGUACCGGUGCAAUAUGUAUAUUUGUAAAUAGGGUAAUUUAUUGUAAAUAUGUACAGGUGGGGUGUAAAUAGGAUGUGUUAGGGCUUGGAGAGUUUAAGAGAGUAAGUACUGCAAUUGUGAUAGCAGGUACUUAGAGGUACUUAUAGACUUUAGAUAUUUUUGUACAAAAUGCUCCUUUAUAAGGGUC